AUGCCUCCAAUUCGAACCGCAAUCAUCGGGCUCUCAAGUUCCUCCCCUGAGGGCCAGAAGAAGUUUCAAAUUAUCGCAUUAUGUAACUCGAGCAUAGAUGCUGCUAAGCGCGCUAUUGACGCAUUCAAGCUACCAUCCGAGACGCGCGCAUAUGGUGACCCGGAGAGUCUUGCCGCAGAUCCAGAUGUUCAGCUCGUCGUAUGCGCGACACGUGUGGACAAGCAUUACGAAACAAUUCUUCCAAGUGUACGCCAGGGCAAAGACACAUACGUGGAAUGGCCCUUGGCCCAGAAUGCUUCACUCGCAAGUGACCUAGCAGCCCUUGCACGACAGAAAGGGGGCAAAACCGUUGUGGGACUUCAGGGCUGGCACGCACCGGCAGUCAUGAAAAUUCGCGAGUUAAUAGGAAGCGGUCGCAUUGGAAAAUGGAUAGAUAGGCUUUCUUUGCCGACUGGGCUGGAGUACUUUACGGAUAGGAAAGUUGGGGGAAACCCAUUUACGAUUGGAUUCGGUCACUUAUUUGAUUUCGUUCAGUUCGUGCUGGGAGAUAUCCAAGUUCUACAUUCCCAUUUACAACUCCAACGGCCAGACGUGAAGAUCUGGGACCGAUCUAGUGGAAAAGUCGUAAAAACAGUUCGGUCGGAUGUUCCUGACCUAAUUCUUGUGACCGGAUCACUACAGGCUUCAGAAUACGCCACUUCGGGCGCAACCGUCCAUCUGAGAUUCCGUCGAGGGCAAGCCUUUAAGGGAGAAGAUCCAUUCGUGUGGUCAAUAAAUGGAGAAAGGGGCGAGAUCCGUCUUAGUGCCUCUGGCGGACCAGGAAUCUCAGCAGCUUCCCACGGACAACCGCUAACUAUUGAAGUUCACGAUUUUGAUACGGAUGGAGUAGAGAACGUAGAGUGGAAUUGGCAAGGAAGAGAAGAGCUGGAUAUAUCCGCAAGAAUAGUUGGUGCCCUUUAUGAAGCAUUUGCCGCUGGUGAUGCGGCGAAAUACCCUACAUUUGACCAUGCCUCUAAGCGCCAUGACCAACUGGAUAGGAUAUUAGCACAAUUCUCGGCUGAAUGA